ACCACAAAAGAUGGAAUCCUCCCUUUCUCUCAUAGUGGCCCUCUGUCUGGCCAGUGGUCUGUGGAUCGAAGCUGAAGCUCGCCCAGACGAAGAGAUGUGCCCUUCCGGUUGGUCUCAGUACGGCUGCAGUUGUUUUAAAUUCUUUGGAGGGGGUAAACGCUGGGCUGACGCCGAGCUAGACUGCAUCAAACAAGGCGGAAACCUGGCUUCUAUCCACAGUGACGCAGAACAUCAGUUUGUCAGAGACUUGAUCCGAAGUUCUUCUGGAGGCAACAAGAGGACCUAUGUAGGAGGCCAUGAUCUACACAAGGAGGGUCUGUGGGCCUGGAGUGACGGAAGCAAAUUUUCAUUCCCUGGAUGGCACAAAGGAGAGCCCAACAACCAUGGACGUGGUGAAGACUGUAUGGAGCUCAACUUCCACUAUGGCGGCAAUGACAUUCCCUGCAAUCUCGCAAGACCCUAUGUUUGUUCCAAGCCUGUGUGAUGUUCAUAAUCGAGUGAGGUCCAAAAAAAAUGAUGCCUUCACCAGGUCUCAACAGUUUGUAUGGCCUGCUAAAGGUUUUGAUCCGACACAAGUUCAGUAAA